AUGGCGAGGACCACGCGGUCGGCGGCGACGGAGCGCGGGUACCUCCACUUCGCGCAGGCGCCGCACGGCGUCGUCGUGCCGACGAGCCCAGCAGCCGCCGCCGGUGGCGCUGGCGAGGACUUCGACGAGUCGGACAUCUGGGGCGCGUUCGCGCCGGCGGAACCGCCGCAGGCGGGCCCGUUUCGGGCCGCGCGGAAGGCGUCGCCGGCGAAGCCGGCGCUGGCGCCGGACGGCAGGGCCGCGCACGGGUCGCUGCCGGUGAAGAUCCCGGACUGGUCCAAGAUCCUGGGCAGCGAGUACCGGCCUGGCUACCACUACGGUGACUGGGAGCUCGACGACGACGAGGACUCCGUGGACUGGGUGCCGCCCCACGAGCUGGCGGGGCGCCGCCGCGCCGCGUCGCUGUCGCUGAAGAACGGGGUCGUCGGCCGGACGCUCAAGGUCCGGGACGCGGUGUGGAAGCGCACCACCGGGUUCCAGGACUGA